CUUUGAGUCCCUUUUAAUGGGCUUUACUGGCCUUAAUCUCUCUCCACCCUGCUCAUACCUAUUUUUCUGCCUAACAUGUAUUUGUGUUAAUUUUAUGGAUUUAGUGGUUCCAGCAUAUGGUAAAACAUGUUAUGGGUUUUAAAAGAAUGGCUACCUUAUUCCCUGUGCAAGGAGGGGAACAGGGUGGUCACCUUUGGAGAACUUUAAAAAAAUGGAAAGACUGAUAACCUUUGAUCUCAGAUGUCCAUUGGGCUUUCUUCUCUCAGUUUUCCAUUGGCUUGGUUGUGAGCUCAUUCAGGGGGAAUGAAUUUGCUUGUGGCAGGACAGCAAUGCAUCUUACAUGACAAGUUUUAAACAUAUGUUCUGUCCUGAAGAAAGUUUAUAAAAUUGUAAAUGCCUCAGAACCUUUUCAUUGCCUUAUGAUUCUGGAACAAAUCCAAAAUGCUCUUUAAGUACAUGGUGCUUAUACAAAAUCUGAAUAUCAACCCUUGUUUGUUCACUUGUAUUUUUGGAUACUAUAGUUAUUUAAUAGUGGCCAGCACCCUUGUCAUUUUCUCAGCACUGAACUCUUGUCUAAUUUAGACUCUGAAUUUAGAAAUUGGGUGAAAGUAUACAUUAUUGUUAUUGUUAUUAUACAUUUCUAGAAUUGGAUUCCUAAACUCGAGUUCUGCAAACCUAGUUGAGUUAAGCAGUGCCCUUGUGUUUUUUCUGGUACUAGUCUGUGGCACAGACACAAUAUGAGAGAAUAUGAGGAGAAGAGAAAAAGGAAGGGAAUGUUAGUAGUGGAAGGGGAAGGAACAGAAGUGAAGUGGAAAAGAGAAAAUAUGAAAUUAUUAGAAGGAUACAUAAAGUAUUUACUUUGAGAUUUCCUUGGAAAAAUCAGCAUAUCAAAGUUGUCUAAGGAGGCAAAAAUAUGAAUUACAUAAAUAUUUAAAUUUGUAAUGAUUUAAGGAUAAGGAGAGAUAGAACUGAUGGCAUUUUUACUAAUUGCCUUUGUGUUGUUGGGUAUUGGAGGGAGAGGUAAUGUGUGAAGACAGAACAGACAGACUAAAAGACAGGAUACAUUUACUGAUUUUGUCACCACAUAAUAAUAAUUAAAAAUGCUAGUGGUUUUAUAAGCCUUACUCCUUAUUUUCUAGUUUAACUCUUUGUUGUUUUUCAUAGAGAGAAUUUUGUGGAAAACAGGGAGAUUUAUUUUUAAAAAAUAGCCAUCUAAGUAAGCCCUUAUCAAAUUUCUUUGACAUAUGUCUUUUACUGAAGUCAUGGUCAUUGUGGAGAAGAUCAGGACUUCUACCCCCAAUGUAGUUUUCCAUUGAAUCUCUUCUGUAUCUGACUUAUCCCCAUGGACAAAACACACAUAGAGCAUACUCCAAGCAAAAGCAAGCUUGGACAUACUGUGUUUGGCUCUGACUCUCUCUGUGUGCCCUUCAGCUUUGUGAACUGACCUGGUAAGUGACCUUGAGAGCUUAUUUUUCCUAGACUAGAAGCAGGCCUAACGAACCCUCAGCCCUACUUUGUUUGACCUUCAAAUGGGAUGCUUCCAAUGAUAAAGGCAGUCCUAGGUUCCUUUUACCAUACAAACUAAAAAAGGGAGGGGAGAGGCAGAGAGGGGAAGAGAGAGGGAGAAAUUGGGGCAGAGGAAGGGAGAUAGUGAAAUAAUAUCUAGUAGAAAGGAAAAGGAGGGAGAGCAGAACUAAGAAAAUCCAAAAUGGCAGCAUAACCAGUGAAAACAAUUUCACUUUGUUGUGUUCUACAGAAAACUGUAAUACUGAAUGACUUGUCUUUGACUCAAAACCAGUAUCUUCCUUUGGAAGGAGGAGUGGGGAAGAUAGGCAAAAGAGGUCAAGUCUUGGGUUCCCCAUUUAAGUUUGCCACUAACAGUCACUAGGCAUUAUACUCAUUGGAUAAAUUGCCUUUGAUUCUGAGAAAAUUAGAGAAUGUAACAGGCUAACCCGAACCCAGAAGACUUGAGAGGGAAAUCUGGUCUUAAAAAGUACGAAUACUACUAACCAGAUCCUUGCAACAUGUGUAUUACCAACUACAGAUGUAAUAGACAGGUAGAGCUAUUACUUAACCUCAUUUCUUUAAAACUUGAUAUUUUUUAUUAAUGAUCCAAUAGAGGUUGGGUUGUAUUGAAACUUCUUUUGUAAACAUGAAAAGGGAAACAGACCCAGAGCUCUUUCUCUCCCUUUUUGAAGAGGAGCAGAGAUUUCUCAGCUGGGAUUUAUGGAAGAGUCAUGAUCCUUAGCAAACUGACCAGAGGCCAGUAAAAAGGAGAAUCUGCUUCUCUGGCUGACUCUGGUGCCCUUGCGCACUUGCAGGUACACAUCCUGGACUUGCUUUCCUAGGAACCCAACGAUGACAAACUUUUUCUAUUUUGUAGAGAUCUUACAUUUAGUUUAGGAAAUGAUGGUUAUGUACAGUAAUCCCAAUAUAGUAAUAACCACAUUAUAUAUCAUUUAGUCCCACAAAUAUUAAAUGUAAAAGUUGUGUGCUAAAGGCUGUGAAUAAGAUGCAGUUAGUUCCUGCCUAUAAGAAUUUUUAAAUUUACUGAAGACAUCUCUAAUUAUUAUCUGGUUUCUGGUUGUACAUACAUUUCUAGGGAAUAUCAUUACCUUUAAUAAGACUCUUGUUUAGUUGCCAGACCUGCCAGAGACUUCAGACACCUAUAUGUCCACUGCUGCAAUGUUUGUGUCCUUUAUUAAAUAUAUUCUAUGUAAAGAAAUAGAGUAAUUAGGGAACUAGUUUUGAAACUUUCAAUUUAGAAGAUUGGGAGUGAUUACUGGAAAAUGCAGAGACUCCUCCUCAAAAUUUGGAAUGAUAUACUUCAGUUAAAAAAGAAGUUUACUGGAAAAUGUAGAACACAUACAAAUAGUGAAAAAUUCAUAAGAGGAGUUUAAAGAACAAAACAACAAAAAUACUUGUGUCUCUAUUACCUAGGUUAAGAAAUAGAAUACACCCACAUUGUGAACACUAACUUCAGUGCAUGUUAAGUGACUAAGGCAGUGGCUUUCUUCAGUCAUUAUGUAUGCAUUUAUUUUCAUUCUGGCCAUCUGUGUAAUACAACCUGAAUUUCAAACCAGUAAACAAAAAUAAUGAUUUAUAGAAGCAAUGUAUGAACAACAGUGUUGGACAAUUUUAUAACCAUCUUAUAAAUAUUUUUAAUUUAAUCAUAUAGCCUGUAUGUAAAAUAUGUUCUUGCUCAUUCAAAAGGUUUGUGAUUGAAGGCAGCUAUGGAGUUACCUGAAAUAAUGUCUCAAAUUUUAAAUGUUUUUAUCAGUUGAUAGUUGCAUUUUAAAACAAUGUAUUUAUUUGGAGAAAAAGCAGAGUGAGAACUUUGGUUGAGAGCUUUUCUGCUCUUUUAAAAUUUGACGGUAAGUAGAUUACUCUCUAGAGGAAAGCUGCACACAGCAGUAAGCUUUAAUUAAUUGUAAAAAGGAAAUGUGAGCCCACAUAUAUCAGAGCAAAAACAAGAAAACAGAGCAAAAGACUAGAUUUGUUUUGGGACUAUAUGAUUUCAUGCUAAUAACACUAAUGCAAUCUUUUGAAGAAUUGAUCAUUUGAAAAUAAGUAAGAUGAAGUAUUUUAAGGGUAGCUCCCUCUGCUCAUUUUCUGGCCACAACACACUACAAAGAAAAACUGAUCUGAAUUAUGUUUCCCUUUGCUUGCGCUCCAGCAGAACUGGAAUGUUGCUUAAUUUCUCUUACAGUUCUGCCUAGAAUUUUUAAACUUAGAAAGAAUGAAGGGAAGUAGAGUAUCAUAAUCCUGUGCACUAAUUUAAUGCUUUUGGAUCCAUUUCUGCGUAUGGAAAAUCUGUAGGCUUCAUGAUAAAAGUUUACUGCUGAGAAAAAAACAUCCUUGUAUGAAGUUAAGACUCUAUUUUUGAAUUUGAUGCAAAUCUAAUAGAGCUUACAAAAGGAGGGACUUUGUUCUGUUUUCAAUUAGUUGAAUUAUUUUUGCUUCAUGUGUGCAUAUUUUGUUUCCCUGAUAAAACUGAAAAAUUUUUGAGGGCAAAGUUACUUUUUUUCUUUUAGAAACAAUUAGCAAAGGGAAGAUGAUCAGUAAGAACUCAGUAAAUGCCCAUUGAAUUGUUACCAGGACAUCUUACCAAAGGCUCUUGUCGUAUGUAGUGGGUCCUUAUAUUUUCUUCUUAAUUUCUAGUGGUUUUUAUUCCAGAAUGGUGAGACAUUACCUAGAUAGCUUGUAACUUAAAUAAACUACAAUAAAAAGAGCCUCCUCCCCCUUAAGUUUUAGGAGUGAAUUGAUAAAUGCCUAAAAGGAAUUUGCAUUUGGAUAGGACUUUUGAAAUUUUAAUUCCAUUAGGAAUAGCACCAGUAGUUGUUAUAAAUAACUCCAAAAACUGUUGUACUGAUUGAUGAAUGUUCAGGUUGAGUAUUCAUAAAAGAUUCUAAGAACAAAUCUUACUAGCUGAGUUCCAGAGUGCUAAGCGCCACCUCUGGGUUAAGUAAGUUCAAAGAAGUACAAAGAAAUUGUAAUAGGUAAGGUAUUCUUGAUGUCUUUUAGACUGGGCUUCAGUGAGCUGCUUACUUAGGUUAAUCAGUUACUGGUCCAGGAUCGAGCUUUUUUCGGACACUUAAAGUUCGCCUGUAAAUUUUCUUCAAAAUACUCAGGGGAAGCUGAAAUGGGUUGUGUAUGUUAUGUGAGAUGGCAGUUAGAUGAAACAAGUUUGCAAAAAUGUUGAUAAUUGUCAAGGUAGGUGAUGAAAAUUCUCUGUUAAUCUUUUUACUUUUGUGAAUGUUGGAAAUUUGCAGAAAUGAAAAGAUUUUAAAAAAAGAAUAAGCUGAAGGAAAGACAAGGAAAAUGUUAACAUCCAUUAUCAAUUAAGGGCAUUAUUUUUUUCUCUGUUUUUAAAGUUUUUCUCUUUUAAAUAAAAACAAUUUUGGGCUUUCAUAAUUAAAACUUUGAAAAAGCUAUCCUUUCAUCCAUGAGUGACUAAAUUCUAGGGACUGUUUUCUGAUAAUCAAACUAAACUCAUAAAAUGUGGAAGAAAUGUCAGUCUGUCAGCUGUGGUAUUUACAAAUUGAUGCCUCUUCCAGGAGGAAAGGAGGGUUAAUUGUGGAGUACAGAGUAAGACCAUAAGGGGUUGGAAAGUAAAGGACAGAAUAAUGUUAUGGUGGUUUAAAGCAGGCCCCUGACAGCACUUAUGAUAACAAGUUGGUGCACCUUUUUUCUUGGAAAAAUGUCACAAAGGGCUUAUUCUUGGAUACUCUUCUCUAAGGCAACAAACACCAUACUCCCCUUCUUUUUUGUCAAACUCACUACCAUAUUCACAUUAGGCCACAGUUUUCUGAAUAUGAAUUACAUUUUAUUUAGUCUCCUUGAUGAGAUUUAAGAAAUAUCUUUGUCUCAAUAUUAUAUUUAUAAGUCAUCUUAGUAGUGAAAUUUUGAAAUAUUGUUCCCAAGUUCUUAAAGUUUGUAUGUUUAGCAGAUUGCCUUCUACUGUGUAAUAUUUCUAGAUAAAUACACAGUUCUAGGUGUUCUACUGAGACACUUUAACAAAAAUGUCCCUUGAAGGUGAAGCAAUUUAAAGUGGAAAGGAGAUUGUUUUAUAACUUUCUUUAUGAUGCUCUGCUCUCCAUCUGCCUCUGAUACCAUUGUAUAACUCACAUAUUAGAGGUAUUUCUAAAGCUAUAGAACAAGUCUGUAACAUUCCAUUUGGCAACCUGAUGACUUAUUUUUCACUCUCCCACAUUUUUUUCAUUAAACAUUUAUUAAGUACCUUUUAUGUGUUGAGCACUGUAGACCCUACUUACUGUUAGAGGAUAUGUACAUCAAAGAACUGCUCUCAGGAAGUUUCCUGACUAGUGAGAAAGAUAAAUGAAAAAUAAAAUUUAAAUGAUGUGUGGAAUGUGUUAAAAUGAAAUAAUAUACAGUAUCCUGGGUUGUGAUAAAUAAAGGAAGUGAUUGUCUCUGCUUAGGAAAUAACUUUUAAGAGGAACAUUUGGAAUUCAGUUUUUAAAGAUGAUUGGGUCAUCUGACCUGCAGGUCAACAAGGAAGGACAGACAUUUUAGGGAGAAAUAAUAUAAAAUAGCAAGGUAAAACUGGUUGUUUGGUCUUCUGUGAAGACUGUGUGUAGAGAUGUCGUGAGAGAGGAGAUUCAAGAUACAGGUAGGCACCAAAUCAAAGCGAUCUUUGGACUUGAUCCUUUUGUUAGUAGAAAGUGAUUGAAACACCUUAUAGUUAGAAUAACCAGAUCAGGUUACAAAGAUAGCUCUGAUUUUAAGGAGUAGUGUGAAACUAAUUGGUGAGUAGUACAUGUGUGAUGAGGUUUGAACUGUGUUAGUAGUAGAAGGUAUUAAGGAUGGAAAAGAUAUGGAAGAAGCCAUUUUAGAGGUAGGUUGCAUGUGGUGUUUAAGGGUGAGGAAGGAGAUUGGGUUUUUUGCUGUGGCCUGCUAAGUUGAUGAUACUCAGGAUAGUUAAGGGAUGAAUUAAAGAAGAAGCAACAAGUUUUAGAAAACAUGAGUUCAAAUUAAGACAAUGAUUGCAAGAAGCCUGUGGUACAUAAUAGAGGUGAGGAUCAAGGAAGUAGAUAUCAUUUUGCAUUAGGAAUACACAGGCAUAAGGUCUCAAAUGGAGAUGGGAUUUGUUGUCCAUUAGGUUUUAAUGAAAGCUAGGGAAAUGAAUAAAAGAACUCAAACAAAUCAGUAAUAAAGAGGCAAAUAAUUAGAAAAAUGGGUUCAAAAGGCUUGAACUGGAACUUCAGGAAAGAUCAAAUAUAGAUGCCAAGCAUAUGAAAAUGUAGCUUGACUUCAUUAGACAUCAUAAGUAUGCAAAGUGAAACAUGGUAUACCACCCCCUAGAAUGUCUAAAAUAGAAAGAAAACAAAAAAGAGCAUUAGCAAGUGAUAACAAGGUUAUGGAGCAACUGGAACAUUCACUAGCUGUGGAAAUCCCAGUUUAUGUUGGUACAGCCAUUUUGGAAAACUCCUUGGCAGUAUCUAUUAAAGUUGAAUAAAUGAAGAGAAAAAAUCAUGGCCAGUGGGAAACAUAUAUUCUGGGAUAGCAGCUCCAUGUGUGUGUAUGUAUAUGUGAGAGAGAGAGAGAGAGAGAGAGAGACAGGAAAACAGAGGAGAAGAGAUUGAUACAUAUAUAGUUUGCUGAUACUCCUCUCAUGGUCAGUUUCAAGCUACCAAUGGUAGCUUGUUUCUAUUCUAGAUCUAUAGCCAACAGAAAGAAUACAAUGUUGACCCAAAAGACAUAUACUAAAAUAUUUACAGCUACUUUAUUUAUAAUACCCAAACUGGAAGCAAUCCAAAUGUCUAUUUAUAUUAGAAUAGAUUAUGGUAUAUUUAUAUAAUACAAUAAAAUAACACAGAAGAAAGUACUAUUUAGACUUUAGUUACAUAUAAUAACAGUAAUGGAUGUCACAAAGACAGUUGAAACCAGACAAAAAAGAAUAUAUAUUAUUCAAUUUAUAUAAAGUUCAAAAGCAGGCAAACUAAUCUUGGGUACUGUUUCAAGAAGGUUAUCCUUAUUUGGAGUCUUGACUGAAAGGUGGCACAAUGGACCUGAGGUUCAUGUUCUAUUUCUUGAUCUGGGUGCUGUUCACUUGAACGUAUUCACCUUGUGCAAAUUCAUUGAACUGUAGCUUAUGAUUUGCAUACUUUUCUGAAUGUAUGUUGCCCAUAAGCAUUAUUUUUAUGUCUACAAAAAAUGCUUAUGGGCAAAAAAGCCUAUGGGCAGAGGUGAUCUUGCCAGGAUAUAUACAUAUAGUGAGAAGAGAAAAGUGACAGAGUGCUGGGGAACACAGAAACUGCACACACACAUUCCUAUUUCUUUCCCCAUUUUCCUUAGGGCCUCUUCCAGCUUCUUCAUUGAAAGCAUUGCAUACGAUAUGGCAAGAAGUCUUUUGAAGACAUCAUUUGUGUCGGUAAGGAAAAAAUUGCUGCAUCAAAUGGGAUUGCCACUUUAUAAUUCAUCUCAUGGUUUCCAUGAGGAAGAUGUAAGAAAACAACUUCAGCAGUUUCCUGGUGGAUCCAUUGACCUUCAGAUAGAAGACAGUGGCAUUGGCAUUCUUACUCUGAACAAUCCAAGUAAAAUGAAUGCCUUCUCAGGUGUUAUGAUGCUACAACUCCUGGAAAAAGUGAUUGAAUUGGAAAAUUGGACAGAGGGAAAAGGUCUCAUUGUCCGUGGGGCAAAAAAUACUUUCUCCUCAGGAUCCGAUCUCAAUGCUGUGAAAGCACUGAGUACUCCAGAGGAUGGAAUGGCCUUAUGUAUGUUGAUGCAGAACACCUUAACAAGAUUUAUGAGACUUCCUUUAAUAAGUGUUGCACUGGUUCAAGGUAGGGCAUUGGGUGGAGGAGCGGAAUUUACUACAGCAUGUGAUUUCAGAUUAAUGACUACAGAGAGUGAGAUCAGAUUUGUGCACAAGGAGAUGGGUAUAAUACCAAGCUGGGGCGGUACUUCCCGGCUGGUUGAAAUAAUUGGCAGUAGACAAGCUCUCAAAGUGUUAAGUGGAGCCCUCAAACUGGAUUCGAAGAAAGCUUUACAAAUAGGAAUGGCCGAUGAGAUCUUGCAGUGUUCAGAUGAAGCUGAAUGUCUACAAGAGGCACAAGAAUGGCUAAAGCAGCUCAUCAAAGGGCCUCCAGAAGUAAUUAGAGCUUUGAAAAAAUGUGUUUCUUCAGGCAAAGAGCUUUGUUUAGAGGAGGCAUUACAGAAUGGAAGAGAUCUUUUAGGAACAGUUUGGGGUGGACCUGCAAAUUUAGAUGCUAUUGCUAGGAAAGCAAAAUUUAAUGAAUAGUUUUUAAAAAUAUGUACUGCAGGUAAAACUUCAGUGAUUAGUAUGUGUAAAAGCUAAAUGGUAUUUAUAAUUAUGGAUGUCAGAAUCACUUUGAAGGCUACUACUAGCAUUUGGGUUUGUUUUUUUGAACUCGUUGGUCUAGUUUUAAUAUAUGUGGGUACUUACCAAGUAAUGUGCAACAUUUGGCUAAACUAUGCAAUAUUUUUGGCUUAAAAAUUAUCAUCAAUUUCCAAAUUCCCGAAGUAACUCUUAUAUAACCAAAGACUAGCAUUUAAAAGGAAAAACUUCCACACAAAACUGUUGCUGAGGCUAUUUCCCAAGAAGUCUUCGUACUGUCUUAACCCGGGAAUAACUUACAAAAUAACUUAAUGAAACUUGCAGUUAAAGAAAUGUGAUGAGUCUGGGGAUGACGGGAUAAGUAAAGGUAUGACCAAUCAUUUUCUUCUGCUCCAGGCAGCUGGAGUAUAACAGUCUUGGAGAGUGGCCCUUCUUUUAAAUUAAGAUGCUACCCACUACACCCCCUACAAAUUUGGAGCCUUAUUUGAUACUGUAAUUCUCUAUUUUAAAGUAUUUACUAAAUAAUGAUAGCCAUUAUGUAGAAAGUCUGUUGACUUCAAAAUUGGCCAUUUAUUCGAGUACCCUGGAAUUUCCAAACUGUUUGUUAGUAUUACUGUUUAUGUAGUAAUAAAACAAAUUUACAUCAAAACUGCCUAAGUCUUAAAAGGGACUCAUACUCAUGAAGCAACCUGCAACAUACAUUUGCUUUUUACAUCAAAUUUCUAUUUUUUUUUCAGAAAAGUAGCUAACCUUUCUUCUUUUAAAAGUAAAUUGAAUAAAAAUGCACAAGUGACUUUUAUGAUGUCAGUAUACAGAUUUUAAAAAGCACUUAAGUCAAAGAAUGAAGUCCCAAUUCUAACCUAUCAUAACAAAAGAUAAAAGGUGAUUUCAAAGUAGUGAUAGUUUUUAUUUGCUACUGUAACAUUCAAUUCACAGUGGAAAGUCAAAUUAAAAAUAAUUCGCAUAUACUUCAUCAAGAUGAUCCUACUGUUUUGAGUUAGGAAAAUAUAGGAAGACAAACUCACAACCUUUUUUCAGAACCAAGUUCUUGAUUACCAAGUUAAACCAACACUUCUAUCAUGCCACAGAUUCUACAAUAUUUUGUGUUGAAGUGAAUUUGUGUCUACGAAUGCUGUUUAUAAAUAAUUACCAUUUAAUUCAGAUUACUGUAGGACCACUAAUGAAUAUUGGCAAGGAAAAUCUAAAAUAUGUAUGGCCUGCACUAUGUUGUUUAAGAAAUCAAACUUGUGAGCAGGUGACUAAGUUGAAUACCACCAAUUUGUUAGGAAUGUUAGGUACAAAGAUAGAUAUGAGCAGCUGGGAAAGGGGAAGGUAAGGUUCAAGUCAACGUGCCUUUGUCUGCCUCUCCUCUGGCCUGGUCCUCCCUUGGAGUGCAUUCAAAUAAAACUUUCACUCUGCUUUGC